UUCACGUUUCCGGUUAUGGAGUAGUAGAACAAAGCGAUGACGACGAAAGUUUCAGCCUUUUCAGUUAUCAGUUUCGUGCAGAGAUUUAGGAAUCUUGAAAACCUAAUUGAGUUUCCUUUUCUAUUUGAAGCACCUUAUUAAGAAAAUCGAGCUGUGAUCUUCAUCGCUGCCGAUAUUCUAAAUCAGUCAAAUUUUAGGGGAAACGAGAAACCCUAAUCUCUGAAACUCGGUUCUUAAUCGCCAUGGCUAAUAUCUCUUUCAAGUUGGAACACCCACUGGAGAGGAGACAAAUUGAAGCUUCUCGCAUCAGGGAGAAAUACCCAGACAGAGUUCCAGUGAUUGUAGAGAAAGCUGAGAGAAGUGAUGUUCCUAACAUCGACAAGAAAAAGUACCUUGUUCCUGCUGAUCUAACUGUGGGACAAUUUGUGUAUGUUGUUCGCAAAAGAAUCAAGCUGAGUGCUGAAAAGGCAAUCUUUGUCUUUGUGAAGAACACAUUGCCUCCAACUGCUGCUAUGAUGUCUGCAAUCUAUGAAGAGCACAAAGACGAAGAUGGGUUUCUCUACAUGACUUACAGUGGAGAAAACACUUUUGGUUUGGUUUAAAUCUGCCUACUUUGAUGUUUCUUGUACAUAUGGUAUGGUUCUAUAUAACUACGAAUAUGCAAAAGUUCUUUUAUGUUGCUUUGGACUUAUCAUAUGUAAGUUUGGGUUUUACUUAUGGACACGCAAACAUGUGGCACCACCUUUCAGCUAUUGAUUCUCUCCUACUUACCAGUUUGAUCAUAACGAAUAGUUCGGGGUAUUUGUCAAAGUAUUGAUGAAAGUAGUGAACCAUUUGUAAGAAAAUCAUAAAUGCAGUCUUCUAGUAAAAUAGAACAUUUUAUUUUCAGGAGUAAACGAGGAAUUGAGCCAUGUCAUACAUAAAACUAAUAAACUUUCAAUCGUGGGAUGCACCAUAACAUACAUGAAACUCAAUAUAAAAAUAAUACAAUGACAGAUUGAGAUCUUGAGAAGAAACAUAUUUCAAAAAAACAUUGAAGAAAAAAGGUUACAAAGCAUUUUUUUCUUUUCAUUUUGAAGAAUUAGAGUCUUUCUUCUUCUUAGUCACAAGAUUCUUCAUCCACUUGAAACUUAUGAAGUCAACGAUCUUGCCUUUGUUAAUUCCGGAUUUGGUCUUGCCGGACUUCUUACCGCCGGCACCGUUGGUGUUCUCUUCCUCCGGCAUCUCUCCGAUCCCUCCGGUUCCCCAUUGAUCCGCCCAACUUGGUGCUUCACUUGUCAUAUCAGGGUAUCUUUCCGCAAGUUAAAAGGUCUAAAAUCUCUAAAUGUGUGGAGGCUGGAGAGGUCUUCUUUGGAGGAGAAAGACGAUUUUGAUUAGCAAAAUGAGUGAUAAUGCGGAGAAUGAAGAAGACUAGUAAACUAAUAGUAGAUGUGUUGUUCUUAUCUAUAAAAUAUUAUUUGUAAAAAUUUAUUAUUUAGGUUGUCCUUUUUUUUGUCAGGGUUCAAAUCUUUAGAUUUA